AUAUUGUGCGCGCUACCAGGAGCAAGAAAUCGACAGAGGAACAGCGCGCCCCCGAGAAAAGCACGGAGUCGUUUUAGUUACUGUAUGCUUUACCCAAACGGAACACAAAUCUGAGUUAUUAUGAUGCACAUUUGCCCAUGACCAACCACGGCAUUCAGAAUAUUGAAUCAUAAGCCUACAAAGCAUUGGGAAUAUACACCUUUUUCUCGUUUUGUAAGAAGCGUUCUAUAGGGGUUCCGGUGACGGAUUGUUUUUUCUGUCAGGAAAUUGGUUGCAUUAAAAAUACAUUUUACUUUAUGACGGUGAGCAUCAGGACCUGAAUUUAUGGAAUAUCUUUCGCUCAAGUCUUCUGAACAGUUGGUGCAUGUUUAUCACUUCUAUUGCACAAAGAAAGCACAGUUUCUUCCACUUUUGUUGAGUUCUUCCACUGCUUAUCGGGCUUCGCGGAGAUGGUAAAAGUUCAGUUAUGCGCACAAUAUAUUUUCUCGAUAAAACCAUCCAAUCAUAACUUGUUAUCGAUGCAAAUGUAUUAAUUGUGUGUGGUCAACUAUGUGUUGCAUCCGUCUCCUAUAAUUUUACACCAUUAUUCCGAAAAGAAUAGCCUGCUUUCGUAGUUGAAUUUUCAUCUCCCAUCUCCACCAUGUUGUGUUGAAUUACAUUUUUUUCACCUGAUUUCUUUGUUGUAAAAAGUCUGGUGCCUGUUUGCAGUUUAUGGAUUAAUAAUAAUUAUUCUGUAUAGAGAUGGAACAAUACAGUUAGGAGAGAAAAGGGGCAUAGAACAAAAAGGAAAAAACUGCAAAUUUAGCAGGAAAAGAGGCCAUCAAAAUCACGGAAAUCGCUUCGUCCUUUUCCUUUGGUGUACUGUUACACUUUUGCAAAUGGAUUUCAUAAAGGCAACACGGUUAUUGUUACAUCUUUUGUGUUAGUUCACCCGUUCCAUGCUGACAAAAUGUCACUGGGAAAUAUUGAUUAUUGAAUUGAGAGAAUUAUGAUGGCCUAUGUUCGUUUUUUGUAUUCUAGCCUGUAAAUUGGGCUUCUGGUUCCACAAUGAAAUGCCAUCGGACGUUUUUCUUUUUUGAUAAAGUUUGGAAAUAUGGGCAAGUUGUCGAACGUUUUAAUGGUGACGGAAGGUUGACGCUUUUCUUUUUGGUCACUUUCUGAGCGCAGUCUAAUGUAACGGAUUUUGGACUAUAUUUAUGUUAAAUUAAUUUGGCAUUAGAGGAAUCCAAAUGUAUACAUACGCAUGUACAGUGACGAUCUCGAUGUGACGACAUUGUGUUUUCUAGGCCUACUGCUCAUUAGAAUUUAUAUUUACUGGCUAGUGCGUAACAAACUUUCGUGGACCAGCGCGCGCACUAGUGCCCCCGCACCUGGGGGCAACCCCACCAUGGCGCCCUCAUCCCUCUGUAUCGCGGUGUGGUUGUGCGAGUGAAUCAACAACAAAGACUGGGGAUCAAAGAUGAGGAUGAUGCUCUGGAGAUAACCGUUCAAACUGACGCUGCAGCAUCUCUCCUGAGCACCCAGUUAGAAGUUGAACCAGAACCCCCGCAAGAGGGAACGGCUCUCAUCUUCCAGACAGAGGUUAAUCAUCAGCGCAACAACACAGGAUGUUGAUGGGUGGCACUGCAGAGUGAGGAGUCUGAAGAUCUGAAGAUCUCUGAAGGUGGUUGGCUUAGACAGUGCUCACACACACAUCGCCAAAAUGAAUGAGCGUCAGGCUCUCCACUCCAUAAUGAAGGACCUAGUGGCCCUCCAGAUGACGAGGCGCCAGCCUGGGCCCUCUUAUGACACAGGGAAACCCAAGACUCUGCCCAACCCUGCCCCUGCCCCUGCUAAGAGACAGGACGAUGUCAGAAUAAAGUUUGAGUUCAGUGGAGAGAGGAGGAUACUGAUGUUUGGAAGGCCUGUGCAGUUUGAAGAAAUCCAGCAGAAGGUCAAGACUGUCUUUGGCCAACAGCUAGACUUGCACUAUAUGAACAAUGAGCUGUCCAUCCCUCUGCGUGGUCAGGACGACCUGGACAAAGCCAUUGACCUGCUGGACCGCAGCUCCAAGAUUAAGAGCAUCAAGAUCUUGCUGCUGACGCAGGAGCAGUGCAAUGCCUCCCCAUCCCCCUCUCCCUCUCCCUCUUCCCACCACACGGUGAGUAAGCAGGUGAGGAUCAAAGCCUCCCAGUCCACGGGUGAUGUCAGCACGGUGUACCAGCCCUCCGAGCCCAGGGGGCGCCAUCUCUCCACCAGCUCUCAGAACACAGGCCGUAGCUCCCCCCCUCCAGGCUAUGUCCCAGAGCGGCAGCAGAGGAUCGCCCGCCAGGGCUCCUACACCAGCAUCAACAGUGAGGGAGAAUUCAUCCCAGAGAGCGACCAGUGUGUCCUGGACCCCUGGAGCAGUGCAGAGAACUCUGUCUCAGGAAGCUGCCAGUCGCUGGACAGUAGCUCAGACAGCCCCUCCCUGAGGAAGUCACGCAUGCAUCGAGCCAAGAGCUACCCUGAUAACCGGCAGCAGGAGAACGUCUCAGACCGGGAGAACCAUGUGUAUGAUAAGGUGGUGGGGAAGGGAGGGACAUACCCCCGCAGGUACCAUGUCUCCCUGCAUCACAAGGACCAUAGUGAAGGUCGGAGAACGUUCCCGCGGAUCCGUCGCCCCCAGGGUAACCUGUUCACCCUGGUGCCCUCACGGCGCUCCCUCAACGGCAGCGAGGAGAGUCUGGGCAGCUGGCAGCUAGUGGACAAGCAGGGCAGGCUCCGCCCACAGGAGCGCCCUGUCGCCCACAAGUCCCCCAGUGCUCCAAUGACGUGGAGGCGGGGCAAGCUGCUGGGUCAGGGGGCGUUUGGGAGGGUUUACCUGUGUUACGAUGUGGACACGGGACGGGAGCUGGCCGCCAAGCAGGUGGUGUUUGACCCGGACAGUCCUGACACCAGCAAGGAGGUGAGUGCUCUGGAGUGUGAGAUCCAGUUGUUAAAGAACCUCCACCACGAACGCAUCGUCCAGUACUACGGCUCUCUGAGGGACCACAACGAAAAGACCCUCACCAUCUUCAUGGAGUACAUGCCGGGGGGUUCAGUCAAAGACCAGUUGAAGGCCUACGGGGCGCUGACGGAAAACGUGACUCGGAAGUACACACGGCAGAUCCUGGAGGGCAUGUCCUAUCUGCACAGCAACAUGAUCGUUCACCGUGACAUCAAAGGUGCCAACAUCCUGCGGGAUUCAGCGGGAAACGUGAAGCUGGGAGAUUUUGGCGCCAGCAAGAGGCUGCAGACCAUCUGCAUGUCUGGCACGGGCAUCCGCUCGGUCACUGGCACCCCCUACUGGAUGAGCCCCGAGGUGAUCAGCGGAGAGGGCUACGGCAGGAAGGCUGACGUCUGGAGCCUGGGCUGCACAGUGGUGGAGAUGCUGACAGAGAAGCCUCCCUGGGCCGAAUACGAGGCCAUGGCAGCCAUCUUUAAGAUCGCCACCCAGCCCACCAAACCCCUGCUGCCCUCACACACCUCGGACCACACCCGUGACUUCAUCCACCGCAUCUUUGUGGAGGCCAAGCACCGGCCCAGUGCUGAGGAGCUGCUCAGACACCCCUUCUCCCAGAUCCUCUGCUGAGGGGAAGAACUAGUACACUCUCUCUGUCUCAACCGCUCCUCGGGACUCAAGGCCUACAGCUGACAUCUAGACUCUAGACUUGGAAUUUGGAACUUGGUCCUUUCCAUCCUACAGCUCUCUCCCCAAACCAGACUCACCACCACACUCAUUCCUUAACCCACAAAUACACAUGAUCCAUUAUGAUGGAUAAUAGCACAGUGCCAUUAUUCCAAGCUGUUCACGACAAUUAUCAAAUUCACCUCUAACUUCCCCCACUAGGGGGAGCUAUAUGACUGAUCAGUGUUCAGCUGUCUGCUGUGGAGAACUGGACCCACCAACUCCAUACGAACUGUAUCUAUUCAGCUAUCACCUUGGUGGUCUGUGAGAGGAUCACACACACACACACACACACACACACACACACACACACACACACACACACACACACACACACACACACACACACACACACACACACACACACACACACACACACACACACACACACACACACACACAGACACUCCAAACACAUCAAAUCUAUUAUAUGUGGCUCAAGAUGGGAUUUGAUCAAGCACCGCCACCGAAUGUGCCUUUCAAAUAUGCCAAAGUGUCCCCUCCUAAGUUUACAUUCUCUAGAUGGGCUGUUAGAUGAGACCCCUGAGGUAAGGAACUGUUUAUAUGGGACUUACAGUAAGCUUGAGCAGAGCAGUGUCUGGUCUACUUAGGCCAAGACAGCAGACCCACAGCCACAGCUCAGUGCUUCAACAUGGUAACUGAUGAAACCAACAGAUGCACCACUCAGUGUUAUAGAGACGGGAUGGAUUUAAUUUUUCACUUUCUCCUCUGAUCCGUCUCUGAUAUUCUUUGUAUUUUUGAGAAAGUGCCUCUUGAUGCUCUUUUGAAGACUCACAGUCCCUGAUGGAAGCCCAUGCUGAUCUGUCCUGUCCUCACCAUACAACAUGGAACCAGUGCCAUCAGUGUUUUUGUGUUGUCAUUAUGACCUUCACAGUAGACCAUUGUGAUGACUGUGCCUUAUACUCCAACUCUCCACUGCAGCCCCUCAGUAUCACAGGGUUUUCUGAGUGUACCAAAAAUGACCGAUUUCAUUCAUGAAGGGGUUGGUUUCUAGUUUGGUUGGAGGAUAUGUUAACUACACAAUAUUACAAAUGAUAUUGUACUUUGUGAUUGAAAGAGAGAUUUUAUUUUAGUCUUAGACAAAUACAAUCCUAAUGCCUUGAUUUGAAAGUGAGUUGCCAUUAGGUUUACCAGCUUUCUAUGCGUUGAGAAGUGUAUCUAGGAAAACGCUACGCCAAACAGUGGAACUCUGCCAUUUAGGAUUCAUUUGAGUCAGAUGCACUUUUAUGUCAAAUUAAAGUUGUUGGUUAUUGUUCGCCUUACGAAAUUAACUCUUUUUUUAAAACUUUAAAUAUUCAUUUUCUUUCACUUUUAUUUAAAUCCCUAUGUUCAUCCAUUCCUGAAUUUUUAUAUUCAAAUUUAUAUGUAUAAAUAUAUUUUUUAUAUAUUGACUCUCGACAAUUUGAAAUCUAAUGAGGAUGCAUUUAGACCUAUGAGAUAAAUGUUGCCGUUCGAAAUGAUCAAUUGUUAAAGCAGCUGGUUUUGCAGAAAUUACAACAUUGGGGUUUAUUAGUGAAACACUUUGGGUGGAAAACGACCUCUGGCUAUCUUACCUAGUCUCUUCUCCAAAACAAGAAACAUAUCCACAUUCCUGGCUCCAGUAUAAUGUAUUAUGUCUAAUGGUCCAUGCUUUAUUAAAUGGCAACACUGUUCCAUUGGACCCUUCCAGUUGGACUGCCCUGUCAAACCUCUCACAGUUCCACUACUUCUUUAACAAGGCCACCGCCUAGGAUUUAAAGGCUGCUGAAGUUCCUCCAUAUUUCUCCUUGCUGGCGUGAUGUGUGAGAAAUAGAGGGGAAGUAUGUGAAAUGAGUUGUGUCUCACCAGAAUAACCUUCUCUUCGUGUCAUUCUUGCAGAGCAGAGGGGCAUAAUGUGUGCGUUUGUUAGACUGAGCUGAGCAGGGCAGGGAUGGAGGAGUUCUGAUCAGGUAGAUGCCAGAGACCGGGGUUCCACCCAACAUGACGACUUUGUUUAGCUCAGGGUUCGAGAGACCGACCGGUGCCCAAUGUCUGGGGCCCUCCACACUGAGCAAAGGGCUUUCUACAAUUACCUUUUUUAGUUUUAUUUUCCAUUUAUUUCCAUUUAUUUCAGUGUUACUGGCUCUAAAAUCCUUUCAUAAGUGAAUCAAAUGGAGAUCAUGUGGUGUUAAAGAAGGCAGCUAAGAAUCAGUUCAGUAUUAGAAAUGGUCCUGUUAUAUACAAAGAGACAAAACAAAUGUUUCUGUUAACAGAAGAACCCUGGGGUAAGCAAAUGAAACAGGAGUUAAACGUUUAGAUAUACACAUGUAUGUAAAUGUAUAAAUGAGUAUGUUUAAUGACAGGGGACUUGCAGUGCAAAGUCACUCCAGUUUAUCAAAUGUAUUUAGGUAGAAAAAGGAACAGUAUGUUAAAUGACCUUGUUUUUCUAUAUCUUUGAGUGCCUCAUUUCAAAAACAAAUAAAUGUUCUUUGUCUCUGGUCCAA